AUGAGUGAAGAAAAUAAUGAAAAUUAAGAGAAUCAGUAUAAUGAUGAUGAUUAAUAUAAUCAUAAUGAAGAGAAUGAAGAUAAUGAGUAGUAAGAGUAAGUAGAUUAUGCUAACCACGAUAAUGAUGAAAAUUAAGAGCAUGAUCCUGCUAAUGAAGAAGAAUAAGGUGAGCAAAAUGAAAAUGUUAAUAAUGAUAAUAACAAUAACUAUGACGAGGAAGAGGAUGGUAAGCGCAAUGAGCUUGAUGAUUAUUUAUCUGGUGGUGGCAGCAAUAGAAAUGAUAAAUAAGAUUAAUAAUCUUCAAGUAAGAGAGGAUCUAAUUUUGGAGUGAUUAAUAAGCCUGAUGACAAUGAAAAUUAUCUAAGAAACAAAGAUAUCCUAGAUAAUUUCUUUAAAUAAUACUAAGGAGAAGUUUAAAAUUACUUCAACGAGUUUUAGUAAAAGCAGAUUUAAGAUAGUUAAGAAAAUGGAAACAAUAACUUCUACUCCAAGCAAAAUAACUAGCAAAGUCAAAAAGAGGUCAGCAUCGUAGCAAGUGAUGUACCUCUAGUUUUAAGAAUAUCAUUUUACUAUGAUAACAUUACCUUUCAUCCAACAAAAAACGACUAAGAAGAAUUAUUCAACAAGCCUAAUAGCUAUAAGUCAAUUAUGGAUCAACUUCAAAAAUUCUUCGCUGUAAGGAGGAACAUAAGAAAUUUUGAUCCUAAUGAAACAAAGGUUACUUACAGUGAUUUUGUAGAAUUCUCUUAUUUUUUUAUUGAAAACAACGAUGAUCUGUUUCUUACUCAGUAAGGAAAAGAGGAACUGUGGAUAUAGCAACAAUAAGAAAGUUAGCUUGAGAAGGAGUUAAGAGAAAAUAUAGACAAAUAUGAAAACAUGCUUAAAAAGACUACAAACCCUUAAGAAAAGCUAAUUAUUUAGAAUACUAUUGAGAACUUGAAGUAGCAAUUAACUCUUUUGUUAAAUAAGGAUUAAGGUAAAAAAGGUAAAAAUCUUACAAAGGAAUAAAUAAGAAUGAAAAACUUAAAAGAAGCAUUUAACUUUUACUGCAAGUAAUAAAAUGUAACCGGUGUUGCUUUCACUUUUGAUAGAAUAGUUCAUGAAUAAAACGUAAUAAACUUGGCAUGCUUUAUGCUUUUCCUCAAAUAGUUUAACAUUCUUAAUAAGAAUAAAUACGUAACGAAAAGGGAAAUUUAAAUUAUGUUUAAAAAAUAUGCUCUGAAUUAUAAAGAGCUAGAUCUUGAUCACUUUAAGAUUAUGAUUGAAAAGGUUGCAAUUGCUUUCUAUAAAGAGGAAGAAAACUUAAGUAAUAUAGACAGAGUAGAAAAGCUUUACUAAUAUAUUGAAAUAGAUAAUAUUCACAAAUUUCGUUCAAAAUUUGGAUUGCUCAAUCAGCCUUUUAAUAUUUAAGUAAAAGAUGGAUUUAGAUUGCUACCAUUCGAUCAAGGAAGAGAUAUUGUCUUGAAAAAAGUUGAUCCUGUUGUGAGAUAAAAAGUAAAGCAAUUUUAAGAAUUUAAGAAAUCACAGUAAGCACUCUAAAUAAUGCAAUUGGAUUAAAAAAAUAUAAAUCAAAGCAAAUUAGCUCCAAGAAGUAUGGAGAAUAAUAGAAGAUCAACUCCUAAUCUUUAACAGUCAUCUGUGUAUAGCUAACCUGGGGGAAUAGGUAGCUAUGCUAACAAGAAAAUUAAAAACUAGAUAGGAAAAUUAGAUGCUGGUGGAAAGGUGAGUUGGUAAUAAUUAGAACAGUUAUCCUUUUCAGACAUGAAAAAUUUAAAUAAUGGAUAAUUUAGACCUACAGACCUAUUCAAUGAAAAUGACGACGAAGAGGACAAAAUCUAUUUGGCUGAAUAUAACCUUUAAGAAGACAGAUAAAGAAAAAUAUAAGAGCAAAUGGUAAAUAAAAAAGGAUAGGAAAAUUAUGGUUAAAUUAAAGAGCCUGUUCGUCCAUCUUUAAGAUAUCUAUAAAAACAUGACCCCAAUUAUGGUAAAAACGGAUAUUCUCCAAGUGUAGGAAAUCUCCAUAGAGUACAUGCUUCUGCCCCAGAAUAUUACAGCCCUUAAAAUCACAUGAAUUAAAAAUAAUUAGCUAUUAAUUAAAGUUACAUACAAAGGGCUCAACAGGUAGACUAAGAUUAGAGAAUGAAAGAACAAGCUAUGAUGUAAAAAAUUAUGAACAACCAUGAUUUAAAAGUACAAAGAGGCAUAAAUGCUAUGAAUAAACGAAAAUGA